AGAGCAUUAGGGGUUGAACUGCAAAUAUCAAUCCCUCCCCUCUGCUCCGCUGCUCCCCCGAUGGAUCCCAAGGCGGCGGCGAGGUCGAAGCGCUCGCACACGGUGCACGGCCGGCGUGCCCACCAGACCCCCGCGGCAGCCGCGGCGCACAAGCAGAAGCGCGAGGCCGCCGCAGCCGGCGGUGGCCCCUCCUUCUCCGGCCCUCGCAGCCGCAACCUCCCCUCCAACUGGGACCGCUUCGAGGAAGAACCCGAUGCCGACGACGCCGCGGAAUGGGCCGGCGAGGUGGCGCCGCGGAGCAAGGGCGCAGACUUCGCCUUCCUGCUCGAGCAGGCCCGGGCGCAGCCCCUUGAGGAGCGGGGCCUCGGCGCGGCCAGCCGGCUCGCUUCCAAGGACUCGCCAUUUGAUUUUGUGCUGGCUUCUACAUCUAUGCUUGAGGCUAAAGGGGAAGGGAUCAUGUCCUGGUUUGAAGACGACAAUUUCAUAUUAGAGGAUGAUUUAGCACCAGAUUUUGAGGUGCCUUUUCUCUCCAUGGAUCUACAUGCAUUGGCCGCUAAGCUCUCAAAGAUUAAGCCCUCCCAGAGACUUUUUAUGGAGGAAGAUCUACUACCCGAGGAUCUGGCUGAAGACGGCGAUGAUGAAAUACUGAUUCAACAUGGCACAACAUUGGAGGCUGAUGCCAAAGGCAGUUUGGUUCAACAUAACAUCAAGGACAUAAAGCCUGGGAAAGAUGCUGUUAGUCCUCGCCAUGCCAGCAACAUUCAUUCUGAUGACCAAAUGAAAACACAUCAUCAGUCGGAAUGUUUUGCAGAAGAAGCUACAACAUCAUUCAAAGUUAUUCCUCCACCUGUGCAUUCAGACACUGAAGCCUACACAGGAAUCACAGGUACUGUUCCCAAUGCAGGCCACAGAGAACAGUCCAAGCUUGGGAUGGUUGUUCCAGAGGAAGAGCUUGACAUGCUUCUUAAUUCACUUGAUGGAACUCACCUUUCCAGCUCCAACUUAGAUGACUCGUUCAGAAAUAGUUCUACUUUGGAAGGCAUGAAGAUCAACGAGUCAAAUGAGAAAGCCACGUCUAGCAGCAUGUCCAAAUCGCUGGCACUAUCUCCUGUUGAUGAUGAUCUAGAUGCCUUGCUUUCAGAGACAUCCUUGCCCGUCCAGAAUAAAGGUUCUGCUGCAUCAAGUUCAUCUUCUCGACCAACUUUUGACUCCAGCAGCAACAUUGACUUCAGACACGCCAAGCAGAUUGAUGUAACAUCUAUCGAUGAUUCAGUGGAUGAUUUGCUUGCCGACACUCCUUUCUGCUUGAGUGACCAGAAACAAACCACACCUGUGCAAGGGCAACAGAACAUCUCAAAAGCAAACGUGCCUCCACCUUCUGGUUCUUCAAAUGUAUCAGCUGACUUUGAUUCGUGGUUUGACUCGCUGUAGAAGUAGAAGAAACACUGUCGACGGUGAAGAGGUGCCGGUUGGCUUCAGGCCUACUGUGCUUUUGUUCAGCUCAUGAGACUAAUUAGCAAACCUUUUUGGAAAGCUGUCUUCAGAAGCUCCCAUAUACCCGUUGGUGUGGAGGUCCAUCGAGAUGGGGAAAUGGAUAUCCAUGCGCUUCACUCGCCGGCUUGUGUCAGUUCGGUGCUAGGCCUGUGUUAUGUUGCGCGAUUGUCAUACUGAUCGGUGGUCCAGAAGGCUGACUGCUGUUAAAUCUAUAGAUAGAUGUCGAUCUGUACCUUCGUGACCUGUACUUAGUCACAUCUUUGCAGUACGUUGCACCCUUAAUUUGUUGAUUUAGCAGAGUAAUGCAAAACAUAUUCAGUCUUUCUGUUU